CCCUACUCUUUUACCUUACAUUCCUGAAUUCUUCUUACUGCUGAAGCCCAGAACACAAAGGAGCAGCCAUGAGGAACACACUGAUGAUGCUGGUCGCCCUGAUGUGUGCGCUGACCGUCUGCGCUGACAUCACACCGGCCGCAGACUUCGACCUGCAGAAGAUGUCAGGCAAGUGGUACACUGUCGCAAUAACCAGCAACGCUCAGUGGUUUGUGAACAGCAUGGCAGGAAUGAAGACUUUGACAGCUGUAUUUGUGCCGACUGAAGGAGGGGACAUGGAUCUCAAUUAUGCCAGCUUGAAAGACGACGGUUCCUGCUACAGAGCAACUCGCAUCGUUCGGAAAACAGAGACUCCCGGUCGCUUCACCUUCCACAGCCAGCUUAGGAACAACGACAACGUCAUGACCUUUGUUGAAGUUGUGUACGACGACUACGCCCUGGUGCACACCAUCAAGACGAAGGAGGAAGUGUCUGAGGCCUUCAUCACAGUCUACAGCCGCACUACUGAGUUCAGUGAGGUGGUGCAGCAGAAGUUCACCCAGCUCGCUCUGGAAGCUGGAGUCCUGCCCGACAACGCCAUCAUCCUGCCACAGAACGCUGAGUGUCCCGCAGUCUGAGGACCCCCUGCUGACUCCCCCCCCCUCACUCAUACUAAAGAGCAAUCCUGACACUCGUUCAGGGCUCAUUCCCCCCCCCCCCACACUCUGCACCUAAACUGUGGCAUCAGAGCGACACAACAGAACAGCUGAUAGUGAACAGAGGGAAUUAUUGCAAGAGACUGUGAAUGCUGUUUGUUGUCUGAGUGUUUGUUGAAAUAAACUUAAAGCCAGACAUUUU